CAAGCCUCUGGCAGCGCGAAUCGAGCGGAGCCGCCAUGGAGCCGUCGGUGUCUCGCGUCGCAGACGAUCCCCAGCUCUCGUGGCCGAAGCGGGCCUUGGGCCUCGGCUGUGGUCUGGUGGACCAGGCGCUGGGGCGGCUGUCACUGUGGAAGCCCUUCUCCUCGGCACGCUUCUUCGCCGAAGGCUGGGGGCCCCUGCAGGAGCUGCAGGACGGGCGCGAGCGCCUGGAGGCUUUGAUCUCAGAGCUCCAGGCGCGCCCGGCGCCCCCGGAUGUGCUGCUGGGCCCGGAGCAGCAGGUGCCUGGAGGGACCCUGCGUCAGGGCAGCUUCCGGAGCUCCUUUGCCGAGCACUUGCCUCAGGAGAGCCACCUUUGCCACUUUGAGCUCUUAGCCCCGAAGGAUCCCUGGGCCGUGGUGCUGCACUUCCCAGGCACUGCCGACCAGUCCUACGGCUUCCGGAAAUGGGCAUUGGCGAAGCCGCUCUUGCAACAAGGCGUUGCCUCCCUGCUGAUGAUGCCUCCCUUCUAUGGCCCCCGGCGCCCCAAAACCCAGCAGCUCCAUUACAUCCGGACGGUGGUGGAAUUCUGCCAGCAGUCCUCUGCACUUCUGCUGGAGGCGGUGCAGCUCCUCGACUGGCUCAGCGCCACCUGGCCGAGCGCCAAGCUGGCGACCUGCGGCAUCUCCUGGGGCGGCGCCAUGGCCUCCGCCCUAGGAAUCCUUGCCAAGCGGCACGACCUGGCGGUGAUCCCGCUACUGGCGUCCGCGUCACCGGAGGUGCUGAUCUCUGGCGCCUUGCGCGGAGAGGUCGCCUUCAGCCAGCUCAGCCAGGACGGCCUGGACCUGAAGGAAGCUGAGUCGAUGCUGCGUGGCCUGCUUUUGGCCAACUCCACUGCGGAGCUGCACAGGUUCAUGGCAGAGCUGCCGGGGCGUCGCGGCACCAAGGUGGUGACGCAAGUCAGCGCCUUCCAUGAUGCCUUCGUGGACCGUGAUGCCAGCCGAUUGGCCUUCGGCAUCAUGCAGGAGCUUGACCCCAACGCGGAGCUCCAGUGGGUGACAGGGGGCCACGCCAGUUCCCAUGUAGCGGCGAGGUAUCUCUUCCUGGGCUCCGUCAUCUCCGCGCUGGAGCGCUUGCCUGGGCCAGGCGGCGACCACGACGCCGCACCGGUGCAACUAGUGCCGUCGCCAAAACGCGCCGCGAGCGCCCCUAGCGCUUUGUUGGCCAAGUUGUAGCCGGGGUUGGGCAAGUCGUUGCA